ACCACUACCAGGUGCAUCGUCGCUUCAUCGCGCGGUACGGCGAAAGUGGCAGUAACGAGGAACUUAGGAGCCACAGAGCUGUCGAAAAGUCACUCUCAGGAGCAACAGGAGACUCUCGGAAGGGACAAGAUGGUCGCACACAAAGACGCAAGCUUCUUUGUCCACAGUGACGCAACUGUCCGCGAUGUUGCAGCGAAGGUGGUGGAAACACAGGAGGAAGACAAUUCUUUCUUUGUAUGUGACCUGCUUGAACUGAAAAGUACGCUCGAGCUAUGGCGUCAGCAGCUGCCACGCGUGAUUCCAUAUUUCGCGAUAAAGUCGUGCACAGAUCGCAUCGUCAUUGGAACUCUGGCGAUGGAAGGAGUCAACUUUGACUGUUCGAACAAGAGAGAAAUUGAAACCGUCCUGAGCGCUGGAGUCGAUCCCAGCCGAAUCAUCUACGCAAACCCAGCAAAGCAAUCGUCUCACUUGGAAUUUGCUGAAAGCGCUGGCGUGACAUUGAUGACCUUCGACUGUUUGGAAGAACUGCAGAAGAUUAAGGACAAGAAUGCCAGGUUACUGUUGAGGAUUUCAACACGAGAAGAAAAUCCGGAAGAACGAAUGGCACGAAAAUACGGUUGUCGUUCUUUCGAAGCUGAACAUAUUUUGCGUGUUGCCACUGAUGAGGGCCACACUGUCGUCGGCAUUGCCUUUCAUAUUGGUGGAAGACAUUUCAAUUCCGAGAGCUAUCGUGAUGGCAUUGAGAAAGCAAGGCAUCUGUUCGACCUCGGCGCUCAGAUGGGAAUUGAAAUGACAGUGCUCGACAUAGGAGGAGGAUUUCUGGGAAGCAGCCGGAGGCGAGAUUCCUUCAUUCAAGUGUGCGAAACUGUGCGAUCAGCCUUGGAUGAGCACUUCCCGAGGUCUGGCGGCACAUAUAUCAUGGCCGAGCCAGGGCAGUACAUGGUGACGUCCUCAUAUACGUUGGCUGUCAAGGUGGUCGCCAAGAGGACGAGGCAAAUGAGCGUCGAUGGAGAACUUCGUCCGUACCACGAUGUUUACAUAAACGAAAGCAGACAGAAUUGCAUCCCUCGGGAAAAUUACGAGAUCUUGAGCAUCAGAUAUCACCCGCUCAGCCCCCCACACGAACGCGCGGCCAAGGACCUGACGACGCUGUGGGGUGCCACGUGCCAUCCCAUGGACAAAUUCGAAGACCACGUGCCAUUCUACGAGGUCUCCGUGGGCGAGUGGCUCCUCAUGGACAACGUGGGUGCGUACGGGCUGGUCAAGGCAUGCGGCUUCAACGGAACCGGCUUCCCGCCGGUCCACUACAGGACUUUGGCGGCUGACGUCCCUCGCGUCUGCAGCAUCGUCAAGGAGUCGCACAUCUUGCCGGGCUACAGUCAACCGCAGUGCGUCGUGAUGGAGGAGGCUCGUUGAGACAACAGUUGAAGCCGUACAGUUUCAUACUGUGUUUAGAGUAUAUACCUGGCUAGAGGAAUGUACUUCAGGCCGCCAUCUAUGUGUCUCGCAUCAUUAAAAAAUUUUCUCUCUCUU